AUGUGUUCAUUCUCCACCCAUCUCGUUUGUCGUACUCUUUGGCAGAAUAUUCGAGUUUCCCUUGUCUUACUGACACGAUAUCCUAGAACAUCAUCGCUGAAGCCUGGCGUAGAUUUCAUUGCAAAUUUCCGCCAAAGCUUUCCCGAAGUAUCUACCGCAAUUUCUCCCGGAUCGACUUCGGGAAACACCUCAAUCGGCGGCGCCCUUGUGGAAACGCCAAAUCUUGAAAGACAUCCUAGUUUAGGACAUGAGGAUAUGAAGGAUCUUGAAUCGACGCCACGCGCGCAACAUGAGCCAUGGCGCUAUACCCCAUCGCUACUCGAUCCAAGCUCGUUUGCUUUCUCUCCGUUUGCCAGUCAACCUCCUGGUUACUACAGCCCAACCCCAGGUGGUACUAAUACUCCAUGGUCAAACCCUUCUGUCGAUCUGCAAACACCAGGGAUGAAUCUUGCAUUAGGACUACAAACUCCACUCUCUCUCCCAACAUCUGCAGAUGGUCUACAUGGUGGCCCAAUGCUAGAUAUGGCAACCUUUGGCCAUCAGAUGCUACCUCAAUUUCAAAAUUAUAACCCUUUUAAUCAGCAUUCAUCAGAUCCGUCUCAACAAUCAGCAUCUUUUACACCAUCCUCGUUUAUACAGCCACAUGAGGCGGGCUAUGACCCCAUUGAACAUCAUGGGUCACCAAUGGAUGAUGAUGUCUGCUUACAGUCAAUAGACGGAAACCUAACCCAACAUCAGUCUCUCAUCACUUAUCCCUCCACACCCUUCAAUCUCAUGGGGCUAGCAUCAAUGCCUUCAUCAGCAGAAAAAUUCAGGUUCCACGUGACUCUCAAUGCACCUACAGCUAUGAUAAAGCAUGCAGAUGAAAUCCCUGUAACUUAUCUCAAUAAAGGUCAAGCGUAUUCUUUUUCAGUUGUCGACACUUCACCAAGCAUGCCAUUAUCAGCUGGUACACGUUAUCGCACAUUUGUUCGUAUCUCCUUUGAAGACGAACAACAGCGACAACGGCCCUCCACCUGCUGGCAGCUAUGGAAGGAAGGGCGUGGUACUAAUGAAGCUCAUCAAAGAGGUGGAAAACUACAGGCCGUUGAAUAUGUCGAAGCAAGUCAGCCGGCCGAAAAUGAUGAUAAGCGAACUCGUGUGGAACUUGAUACCGCUUCCUUUGAUGGGUUCUCUGUUAUCUGGGCUCCAGGUAAAAAUGGGUUAGCAGAGUGUAAUAUCGCGGUACGAUUCAACUUUCUUUCCACUGAUUUUAGCCACUCAAAAGGAGUCAAAGGUAUCCCAGUCCGGCUUUGUGCUAAAACGCAGCCAUUAUCGAGCAAUUCUCUUGAAAAAAGUAGUGAAUUUUCUGAAGUUGCUUACUGUAAAGUUAAACUGUUCCGAGACCACGGCGCGGAGCGCAAACUUUCAAAUGAUGUUGCUCACGUAAAAAAGACAAUCGACAAAUUAAAUCAACAGAUCGCACAAUCAGAAUCCGGAAUGAAGGAUUUCGGCAAGCGAAAACGCACGGGCUCAUCCACUAUAGUGAAAUCGCAUCCGAGCCAGCGGCCCGGAAAGGUUCACAAACAUAAACGAACAUGGUCAAUGUCAUCAGCGUCUUCUUCUGGGGGCCGUUUGCCUGUGGAGGAAGAUCUAUAUCUGAAGCUACAAACUAUGAAGGAUAUGUUUACUAGUACGCGUCCCGUAAGUAUUCUAUAUUUGCGAGGCUCAGAUCAAGAUGAUCCUGAUCUCUAUCCCGUGACACUUCCAGGUGAGCCACUAGAUUUAACAAAGGUCGACUCCCGGGUUUCUACAAUCUGGCAGCAACGUAGUAAUGAUCGUGGCUCCAAUUCUGGCAUUGCUUCUGCUCUUGUGUCACCCUCUUCUAAUAAUACACCCCUAUCUGGUCAGGGGAUUUCAGCCUCAGUUCCAGCCAAUCCUCAUUGGUCUGAUUACUCUGCAAUGGCACCUGGAGAGCUACAUUCAUCAAAUCCACAACAUUUAGCCAGCCCUCCAGAUCAGCCAAUAAAAGUUGCCAAGACAGACGAGACAGGCAAUCUAAACGGUUGGAUUGAAGCACUUGGUGUCGACCCUUCCUACAAGCCACCCUUGGAAAGACCUAAAAAGGCUGUAGCAUGUUUUUAUAUCAUGCGACAAGAUCCAAACCAAGCAGAGAGGCAGGAGUAUCAUAGAGCUAUAUAUCUUUCUGAAAGAACUUUGAAUAAUUUUACGCAAGGAAUUGCUGCAAAAUGGAACAUUGAUCACCAGAAAAUUGUUCGGACUCUUCGUAUUCUUGAACGCGGGCUUCAAGUAGAAAUGGACGAUGAUAUUAUUGCAGGUCUCAACGAAGGUCAAGACCUCGUUAUGGAGGUCAUAUCGAUAAAUUUAUCCAUUGAAAGCGAUCAUACAAGUGGUACAGCCGACAGGUCGAUUACUGAAGGACUCGAACUCCGCCUUAUCUUUUAA